AUGUUCAGCCUGCGCAUCCUCUCCCUCCUCGCCUUGGCGUUCUCCGGCGUCAACGUUCUUGCAGCCCCACAGAGCUCCGGCACAACCUGCAACGGCGGAGGAUCUAUCGAUUGCUGCACAACCACGUUCGAACCCGAAUGCGACGAGGCGAACAUCAUCAUCGACGCGCUCCGCAUAGACAGGUCAACCUUGCCUGAUGGCAUGAUCGCCACAGCAUGCGGCGGCGGAGGUGUCAAUGUCGGUGGUGGGAGCACCUGCGACAACAUUCCUGUUUGCUGCACGGACAAUUUCUUCGGCGGUGCUGUUGGCGUAGGCUGCUCACCUAUCCCAGUCUCAGUCUAG